CUCGCACGCUCCUAUCCGGGCACCCUCUCCCGGCGAUGAAAUAAAAAACAGGAACGGGAACGGGAACGGGAAGCGUACUGCCGUCCUGUAGUACGGUACCUUACUCGUACAGUGCCCGGAUACAUACAAUAUGUGGAUGCGCUUCCGAUGAAGCGCAGAGACAAGGGGGACAAAGAAGGGUAAGUUACGAUAGUGGUGACGGCACCCAUACGAGCACGAGUAUGCAUGAUACUGCAAUACCUGUGCCUCCAACCAAAUCGGGGUCCCCAGGGUGAACACCCCGCCGAACCCAGAAGCCAGAGAGGGUUGGCCAACCGCAGUCACACUACUGUCUCGUACCUUAUGAGACCUCCUAUCAUAUGGCACGAUACGAUAUCGAUGAUUGGGAAUGGAGAAACGUCUGAGCUCCCCCAGCAACCGGCAGCAAUUUCAGCAAGGGGGUGAUGGAUUAUGAUGCUCCAUAAUCCGCCCUUGGAGAGAAGGCCAAGGAGAGGCAGGAACGGAUGGAUUUUCACAGAGGUUUUGGGAGUUGGUGAAAUUUCCAAUAAAACCCGUCCGUCCUGCAUAGCAAGCCCAUCGCGAGGCGGGAAAUGUCAAGCACACUGCAGGCCCUUCCUCAAUACUGUACUAAUAACGAGGGAUCGACGCUUUCCGCAGGUCUGCCCCACCCGACGUCAAUACCGCACAGCGCUUUUACCAUACCGGUAAUUUGAACAAGGGGGGUAGGCGAUUCUUUCCGUUUCCCCACCAUCCCCCGCCAUUCCCAAGACUGUUCCAGCUAGCCGAAAAGCAACACCCCCCGGUCAACUGGAUUCAUGAGACUGACCUGACUCUGAAACUGGUAUUGUCCCCUACUACGAGUACAAGUAGUACAGUACCUUAAAGUUACCGGCAGGGAGUCAGGGUCAAUGUAGAUAAACUGCCGCCACACCUCACUACAACGAGCGGCGACGCACUCGGGUACUGCACUAAAGACCUUGCUAUAAUGCACAGACUCGGUGGGAGCUCCAAUCCACGAUACCGGCACCAAAAACCCAGCUAAAACGAAAAAAACGAAAAAAAUACUGAAUCUGAAUCUGCACGCAAGGUCCUAGCCCAACGCCUGCUAUUACCGCUGCUUGCGUACAAUUAGACUACAAUCGGGAAAACAUGUGGGAAGAAAUAAAGACCCUGUCUGUCUCGUCACAAUGGAGAAAAAAUGACGUUUUCCUUGCAAAUCGCAUUUUCUUCCAACAUUCGAACGUCCCCGACCAGAGAGGACAGAAAACAAGCCACACUCAGACAGUAGCUACCCCACCGGGGGUAGCCACUCUGAUGAAAACCGAAAUCCAUCGUUGAGUCACCGAUAGUGAAAAAAGUACAGUGUUAAAAUAUUUCACUUGCAUCAAAAAUGCUGCGCACGCGCAUGAGUAUCAUAAAGGCCGGAAAAACGUCACUCCUGCGGAGGCUGGCACAUGUUUUGGUACCGGUAGAGUUCUCGAAGUGCGCCAUAUACAGAUUUAAAUCCUGUGAAUUGCGUGGAGUGAGCUUGAGGUCGGCUGCAAUUCUUGGGCCAUGAUGCUUGACAGGGCGCCGAGAACCGCCACCUCCAUCGGAUGAGUCAGCGUCCCUGAUUCAAGUUGGGUAUACUCGAGCAGUAUGAUACUCGGGACAGGGCGCUGGUUCUCACUAUCAUACUGGUGCCCUAUCGCUCUCCCACCAUCAAGUACCGGUGGCUAGUACUGGUAGCUGCGCUCAACUCGGCCCUCAAGUGAAAGAGAGCUCAUGUGAGUACCAAUCCAUCAUCUCAGAUUUUUGAUAAGUUCGGUCGCUUCGCUGAUAUCCCGGGCCCGCCAGCGCUUCGGGGGGUAAACUUUAAUGAGGUUAAAGGAAACACUCCCUGGGAUACGCCCUCAUGCCCUCAGAAAGAUAUGAAGCCUUCUUAAUAUCUACAAUUCCCUUGUUACCGGUAAUACUCCCAGUGUCCGUGCCUGUGAAAAGAUGGUCGAACAGAAGAAAAUAUGAUACGGUAUUUGUUUGACCUACCGUAGAGGUAUGAUAACAAGUUGUCGCUACACCUGCAAGCACGUGACAACUCAGGUGAAGUUUAAAUAAAAACUCGCCGACAAAAGCCGGCUUAUAUACUCGUGCCACAACCCCCCAAAGCUCACUUGUUCACUUUUGGGGGCACUCCACUGAGUGCCUGACAGCUUAAUAGAUGCUGUAUUUUAUUUUCUAAAAGGUACCUCAUAUUUACAAGUUGUUGCAGUAAUGUUUAGAGUUUGUUUAUUGCACUCCAAAGUAUGAAGUAUUCUAAGAGAUACCUCAAUACAUAUUUUGACAUCAUAAUAGGCCUCUACCUGUUAACUGGUGAGUAUAAUUAAUGGUAGUAGUGGCAUGACAGACAGUAAUGGAUAUAAGGUUAUUGAUAGAUAGAAUCAGACUAUAUUUUAUGAUAAUAUUCUGUUAUUUUA